UCGACAAAAAUAUAGAAUCAUGUCGGUGAAAGUAGUUUAUAGUAGAUCAUUCGGAGUCAAGUACAAAGCUUCUGUUUGUUCUAAGGCAUUUAUUUUAUAUGUCAUAAUAACGUUAUUAACUUUUAUUUUGCCGUUGUUAUUUUGUUAUCGAAGCAGUGGUAGAUUGAAGAAUAUUUUAAAUCUAACCAUUACAAGAGGAUAUAUUAUAUUGUAUUACUAUUUUUAGGACUAUGGAUUAAGUACGAGAAAUAUAGAGAACAGCCUAUGGUACAAUUUAAGUUGCAAUAUCUGUUAUAUGCUGAAACGUCUGACCCCACAUGUCCGUUGAUUUGCGGGAAUUUUCCGCAGACGUUAAAAACUACGGGCUUUUGUUCUACCAUCAAGGUUAUAGAAGAAGACAUUAAUAUUGAUGGGAAAAAAGAAUUUUUAGAUUUAGAGUUAUAUUUGACUAUGAAUGAAACCUUAGAUGUACAUUCUAUAACUUUAUUGCUAAUAUUUGAUUUCAAAAUACAAGAUUUGUGUUUACUUGAAAUGGAAUCAAUGGCAGUUAUUACUCACAGUUCUGCGUUGCCAGGUGGUAGAUUAGAUGUAUUCGGCGAUUUACACUUGGUACAAAAGACACCCUUAGUAUGUACACCGAGAAAACCUAUUCGUAUGAAUAGACCUAUAUUAUUUUUUGGAUCUCCUGACUGGCUAGUUAAUAUAUAUGAGGAAUACUCAAAACGAACUCUUUCUACUAAAUUGGAUAACGUUCUAGUAAAGUGGACAAGAGGCCGACCUUAUAAACAGCCAUUUUUGGUUAAAACUAAAAUUAACUACGAUUCUGUAGAAAUUUUAUACAAACCAAAAUUUUGGCAAGUAAUGAAGUGGGCAUGGAUACAAUAUUUUUCAAUACUCGUGUUGUCAGUAUUUAUAUUUAAAAAAGUAAAACGAUUUUUAUUUGCAAACCAUAUAGUUACUACAAAAAUAGAACAUUCAACAUAGGAUAAUUUUUUUAACCGUUAUAUUACCCAUUAUUUUUAUUAAUAAAUUGUAUAUUAAUUAUUUUCAUAAAAUGAUUGUAAAAUGAUUUUCUUGCUUAUUAUAAUUUAGUAUUAUACUAUAAUAGACUAUAGAUUUGUUGAUAGCUAAUUUCUUAAUUUAUAAUCUAUGUAUAAUCUAAUGCUAAGCCAACGUAUUAAUGUAUGUUUUUUAUUAUUAUUAAUUAGCGAUUUUAAACCUAAAAAUGAACAUUUGU